AUGUACUCUCCCUCGCUCGUGCUCUUCUCCUUCCUCGCGACUCUCCUAUGUCUCGCGCAGGCCGCGAGCAUCCACUGGAACUCGACUGACGUUGUCGUCCCGGGGGAGAAAUCGCUUGCCAAGCGAGUCGACAACGCGAAGCUUACCUGGUUCUCUGUGGGACUUGGAGCAUGCGGUCACAACAACGUUGACAGUGAUCUUGUCCUCGCCCUCAGCGUGGCUGACUUCGGCGCUGGGUACCCCGGUCCCAACUGCGGUAGGCAAGUCAGGAUCACCGCGAACGGGAAGACCGCGACUGGCACAGUAGUAGACAAGUGCCCCGGAUGCCCCGCUGGAGCUCUUGACCUCAGCCUGGGUCUCUUCAAGAUCUUCGCAGACCCCGCUGUGGAGGUUACGUACGGCUCCUGGACCUACGUCUGA